UUUUUAGUCUUAAAAAUGUCACAUUUCUGGUGCUGACUCUUCUUCUUCUGACAAAACCUUUCCAUACUUCGUUGAAGACGAUGGAUUUUCAUUGCAAUUUGCAUGGAUCAAUGCCAGAAUUCGCAGUUUCCAAAUAACAUUUUCCCCAAAUUAUUCUACUACUGAAUGAAGGUUUGAAAUUGAUCAUGUUUAAGAGAUCGUUGAAAAAGUCCAUGCUAAACCUUUACUUUCUGGUGGUGAUCCAGUUGAACUUGAGCACCACAAAGAAAAGGUGAAGUCACUUCUAUAUGAUACUUAUCAGACUGUAUGAAUGUUUGACAUUUAUGGACUUAAGCGGAAUAGGGAAAACUGAACUUGCCAAAUCAUUGUAUAACAAGAUUGUUCACCAAUUUGAAGCUGCGAGUUUUCUUGCCAUUGUUCAAGAGAAAACCAACAAAAUAAUGGCCGAGAAGAUCUACAAAAGACAGUUUUAUCAAAGAUGUUUGAGCAGCAAGUAACCAAGCCAGGAAGUACAUGUUUUGAAGGCAUACAGGAGAUUGGCCGUGAAGUGGCACCCAGAUAAAAAUUAUCAAAGGAUUCAAGUUUUGAAAAUGAUGCUGAAACAAUGUUUAAGCGGAUUGCAGAUGCUUAUGGUGUUCUUAGUGAUCGUAGGAAGUGCAAGAUUUAUGAUUAUAGCCACAUCAAAGACAAAAAGUGUUAGAGAUCAAGUUAGGAUUUUUUAUCAACAUCUUUAUCCUAUAUUUGUAAAGUUCUACAAGGGUAAGGACCACUUUUUUCUCAGCCUUAACCAUCGAUGCAGUCUCCUCUCUAAAAUGCUAACUUGAUCCGCAUCACUUUGUCCUUGAUGUGGUUGGUUAUAAUCAUAAAUGAAAUCUUACGCUUGCUUCCUAUGAUCACUAAGAAGACCUUAAGCCUCUUCAAUCUACUUGAACAUUGCUUCAGUUCAUCCUUCAAAACUUGAUUUAUUUUUUCCUGGAUGCCAUUUCAUGGCAUAUCUCCUGUAAUGCCACAAUGCUCUGCGCAAUUACAUUUGAAGAAAUUAAAAAAAUGAAAUUGCUACUCUGGAUAAUUCAAAGAAGGGUCACAACCUUGAUGGACCUGAUGAUGACAAGGAAAAGGGAUAAACUAUUUUGGACUCAAAAUCUGCUUUGGAGUAGCAGGAGGAUGCACACAAAGGCUCCAAGAGUGUCACAAAGCAUGAAAAGCUAGUUGUUGUUUUCGAAAGGAAGAGCUGAAGAGUUGCAGAGGCUCUAUGAUGCUGAAAAUGAAGGUUUCCAGUAAUCACGCGAUUCAAGAUCUGAUGACAGCUAUAUACUCAAACAGAAUGAGGGAUGGAGUCCUUGAAGCACAUGCCACUGUACUUGUUAAUACUGGUCUAGAAGUUGACAAAACUCGGGAUACUCUACCCUUACGGUUGCUUCUGGAGGCCUUUGUACACUUGUUUUUGUGGUGCCUUAAUGAACUCGCGAAGAUCAUGGAAUGUACGGCAACAAACGAGAAACAAAUUGCUUUUCCAAUUUUUUACCAUGUUGAUCCAUCGGAUGUACGACAUCAAAGAAACAGCUAUGGCAAAGCCAUGGUUGCUCAUAAGGAUAGGUUUGGAAAAGACUCGGAAAAACUAAAAGCAUGGACAGAAGCAUUGUCUGAUGUUGCAAACUUGAAAGGUCACCAUAUCGACACUGGGUUCGAAAUCAAUCAUGUUAAAGAAAUUGCCGAAAAGGUCCAUGCUAAGAUAGCUCCUAAAUCUUUACUUGUUGGUGAGUAUCCGGUUGGACUUGAACACCACAUAGAAGAUGCGAAGUCACUUCUAGACUUGAAUCCAAAUGUGGAUAUUGUAUGCAUGUUGGGCAUAUAUGGACUUGGUGGAAUAGGGAAAACAAGUCUAGCCAAAGCAUUGUAUAACAAGAUUACGCACCAAUUUCAAGCUGCAUGUUUUCUUGCCAAUGUUAGAGAGAAAUCAAACAAUAUCAAGGGCUUGGAAGAUUUACAGCAGACACUUUUAUCAGAGAUGUUUGAGCAGUCGGAUUCCAAGUUGGGAAGUACAAGUAGAGGAAUCAACGAAAUAAAAGUCAAGCGUGGAAAGAAAAAAGUUCUUUUGGUUCUUGAUGAUGUUAAUGAGAUGGAACAAUUAGAUAACUUGGCAGGAGGAAGUGAUUGGUUUGGUCCAGGUAGCAGGAUCAUUAUAACUACAAGGGACAAAGGUUUGCUCAUUGCUACUCAUCAAAUAGAGGUUAAGACUUAUGAAAUGAUUGAACUUAAUGAUCAACAUUCUCUUGAGUUGUUUUGUAGAUAUGCCUUCGGAAAAAGCAAUCCUAAAUCCGGAUAUGAAGCUAUUUCUUCUCGUGUUGUUGGUUAUGCGAAAGGUCUUCCAUUGGCUCUAAAAGUUAUAGGCUCCAAUUUGGCUACAAGAAAAAGUUUAAAAGCAUGGGACCAUGCAUUGAAAGAUUAUGAGAGGAUUCCACGUAAAGGGAUUCAAGAUGUGCUUAAAGUAAGCUAUGAUGUGUUGGAGCCUUAUGCACAAAGUGUUUUCCUAGAUAUAGUUUGCUUCUUCAAAGGGGAAAGCAUAGAAUAUGUUGAAGAAAUACUUGAUGAAUUCAGUGCAGCAUCAAAUAUUGAAGAGCUCGUUAAUAAAUCUCUCUUGAAUGUUGAUAAUGGAUACUUGAAUAUGCAUGACCUAAUACAGGACAUGGGUAGAGAAAUUGUUAGGCAAGAGGCACCAAAUAAUCCUGCAAAACGUAGUAGAUUAUGGUUUCAUCAAGAUGUCAUUGAUGUAUUAUCAGCCAAUGAUUCGGGGAGUGAUGCAAUUCAAGGGAUAAUGCUUGAUCCUCCUAAUUAUGCGACAAAAGUAUAUUGGAAUGCUUCUUUUUUUGAGAAGAUGAAUAGUCUCAGAAUUCUCAUUGUUCGACAUACAACUUUUUCAUCAGAGCCUAUAGAUCUACCAAAUCAUUCAAGGCUACUUGAAUGGGAGGCUUACCCAUCAAAGACUUUCCCACCACAGUUUUAUCCGAGGAAUAUCAUCAUCUUAAAUUUGCUUCAUACUCAACUAAUUACAAUGGAACAACCAUUUAAGCAAUUUUCAUAUCUAACUGUCAUGAAUUUCUCAUUUUCAUCUAUCACAACAAUGCCGGAUGUGUCCAAUGUUAAAAAUUUGAGAGAAUUGGUACUUGUUUGCUGUUGGAACUUAACUACGGUUCAUGAAUCCAUUGGAUUUCUCAAACAUCUUGUCCGCAUAAGUGCUAAGGGAUACAGAAAACUUAAAAACUUUCUGCAAAGAAUGUAUUUACCAUCUCUAGAAGUCCUUGACCUAAGUUCGUGUGAAAACCUUGAACACUUCCCAGAUAUAUUGAACGAGAUGAAUAAACCAUUGAAGAUUUGUAUGUCGUAUACCUCUAUUAAGAAGCUUCCAAAUUCCGUUGGUAAUCUUAUUGGACUUGUUUCAAUAGAUAUGUUAAACGGUAAUCGCAAAUAUCUACCAAGUAGCUUAUUAAGGUUACCAAAGGUUGUUGCUUUUAAAUUUGGAGGAUGUUCUAAACUUGGUGAAUCUUUCAGAAGAUUUUUAUUUGAUAACCCUUCAGAAGCCAAUGAACAUUCAACAUUAAAAAUAAUGCAUCUUCACGAAAUUAAUUUGUCAGAUGAAGAUAUUCAGGCAAUUCUCAUAUGUUUUCCAAAAUUAGAAGAAUUGAGUUUAACACUUAGUUGCAAUCUGGUCUCUCUCCCAGCGUGCAUUAAAGAGUCUAAUCACUUGACAUAUCUUAAUGUUACUUUGUGCUUCCAUCUUGAAAAAAUUCCCGAAUGCACCAACUUGAGAAUUCUGGAUGUCAGUGAUUGUAGUAGUCUUAUACACAUUUCUGAGUUGCCAUGCACUAUUCAAAAAAUAAAUGCAAGAGGAUGCUUCAACUUGUCUCGGGAGACAAGAAACAUGCUAUGGGAUCAGAUGAAAAAAAAGAGGCAUGGAUUAGAAAUUGUGAUGCCUAGACAAUUCAAGGUUCCAAAAUGGUUCGAUUACAAAUGCAAAGGAGGAAUUCCGUGUUUAUGGGUUCGUGAGAAGUUUCCCAUUAAUGUUGCUUUUGCAUUGGUGUUCCAAGCUGCUGCAUAUGGGAUCAAAAGAAUAGAUCUCGAUUUUGUUAAACUUCAUUUGGUUAUCAACGGUCAAUCUGUCCCUCACAAAGGCUAUUACAACUUGGACAUUAGACAUAAUCAUGUUUUAGUUUGUGAUCUACGACUCUUAUGCAAUGACGAGGAGUGGCUAAGCCUUGAUGCAUUACUUCUCAAGUAUGAAUGGAAUCAAGUGCAAAUUUCAUAUGAAUUCAAGUACAGUCCAUAUGAAGCCUUGGACUGGGACCAUAUCACACUACAAGAAAACAAGGUUUAUGUGACUGGAUGAAACAUGUCAGUAGUUUGCAGAUUCUUUCUCAAAGCAAUGCUCCAUACAUCAUAUCAAUAGUUCUAUUGGUUUACUGUUGGUCAUGGAGUGUAUGUUGUACCUGGAAACUCUGUUUUUGAAGGGAGUGUACAUUAGUGGUCACUGGUCAGAAACAGUUUUACUUGGGAAGCUUUUCAAACAGUCUGGUGUAUCAGGUGAUGUUUCUGCUGCUUCCUUCUAAAUCUGAAUUAGGACCUGUUUGGAUUGCCUUAUCUGAAUUAGGACCUGUUUGGACACUGCUGACAGUGAAUAAGCAUGGUCGACGAAUGAUGUGUCGACAAUGAUAAGAGCACACCACCAUACACACAUAUCGGAAUCAUGUUGCAAUACAUGAAAACAAGGCCGGUGGUGAAUAAGCAUGGUCGACACAUGAUGUGUUGACAAUGUUUAUUCACUGUCAGAUAUGAACACGUUUAGCACUUUAUAAAGAGGAUUUUGCUGUACAAAAACUUUUCGCCCGAUCUGUGGGUAGAGUACUA